AAAACUGAAUGAAUCCGAGGAAACUUCAGAGGAAGAAGGAAAAGGAAACAUCACCAGACUGGAGGAACGUGAGCAGAUGGAGGAACCAGAGUUUGAUGAUAUCUUAGAUGACUGGUUCAUCGAGUCUCUGAAAACGUGAGAAACUUUCAAAGUCUCUGUUUAAACUUCGUUUUAGCCGCGUGUUUUCCCGCUUAGCAGCGCUGCAAGCGAACCUCAGACUGAACAACAGUUAAAAAGUUGGUAUUUUUGCAUCUCCAUGGUUAUCAGGGAAUUUACAAUGAUGUUAAAUAAUACGGUAACACAUUUACUACAUUGAAUUAUGAUGUUUUGAAAAUCGGCUUGCAGUAAAUAGACCUAGAAGCUCUCACUUCGACAAUAGGAUGGGGUUUCAGAGCAAAUGGCGGGAUGUAGCAGCAGAGCAUCAGUCCACAUAAGUAUAAUUUAUGUCUAAUUCACCAUACAAAGUUGAAUAAUGUGAUGCCGAGUAAAAGAGUGGAUUGUACACAGUCAAAUAAAUGAGUCAUGUUUUGUAAAUAAUGUUUUGUGCCUAAGCCUGAGGUCGAAAAUAUCUGAUGUUAGUAUUUUUUAAAGGAGUUUGGUGAACAAGUCAAAGUCCGGCCGGCAUUAAAGCUCCUGUGAGAAGUUUUUAGCAGGUUAUGAAACAAACUGAAACUGAAACGAACUCUGUAUGACCUGCAACAACAAACAAGAGCAUCGCUGAGAAGAUGGAUUCAUUUUAUACAUUAUUAUUAUUAUUAUUGUUAUUGUUAUUUUUGAUGUCUGAAACCACCUCCGGGGGGGUUGUGUUAUUAACGGAGGGUGACUGAUGGAGCUUUUUUCUGUGUGUGUGUGUGUGUGUGUGUGUGUGUGUGUGUGUGUGUGUGUUAGCACAGACCUGUUCUUGCGCUCAGGCCUGUAACACCUGUCUGAUUUCUGCAGGUACAAAGACCUGCAUGUGUAUCAGCUGGAACAUCCCACACAGGUCAUCGAGUGGACGUCAGAGAAGAGUGAGUAAAUGUCACCAUCAUCACAAUUAUCCGUGUGAAAAUCCACCAGCUGAAGAAAAGCUACAGCAGAAUAUCCUACAUUUUCAGGGUGUUUUUCUGCACUUCACUAAAUAAAAAAAUCAGCUUUCAUGUUUGUUUUAAUCAUUUCAUUUAUAUUUUUAUAAAAUGUUAGCACAGACCAAAUUAAGUGUGAUGGCUGCAAAUUAGUGCACCCUUACAUUACAUCUGUAAUACUUUCAUUAUCAUUUUAACUGGUGAAAAAUGGUGAUAAAAAACAGGAAAUCAUUAAAAUAUGUUUAAUCUGAUCAAGGAGAUAAUCUGUGAGUUAUUUAUGUGAAGAUUAAAGUCUGAGUGCAGCACCAAAGGGGGCGCCGCCACACUGGGAGGAUACACAAGUCAGGUGGAUGUUGGGAAUAGAGAAGACUGAAGCUGAAGAUGCCUGCCUGGACUAGCUCACAGGUGUCCAUCUAUUUAUCAUCCACAACAGUUGAACGUGCUGAUGAAGAAGAUGAAGACCUGGAGUACACGGGGUUAAAACAAACUUUAAAACAGGACAUGAAGAAGAAAUGAUCGGUUUCACAAGAGGAGAUGUUUCCACUGAAAGCUUUUAAAAACAACCUCCUGAUAAUGAUCCUUUUUAAUGGUUAAUGGUGUUUGUUUACAGCGGUGUGUGUGGCAGGAUACACUCCGUCUAAAAAUGAGAUCCUAGAGCUGCGUUUGCCUCUGAAACUCCUCGCUGAUCGAAACAAGGUAACAGCCUGAAUUUCAGCUCUUUUUUUAUAUUAAACUAGAGUCCAAGUAUCGUCCUCUGCCUCUACUGUGUUUGUGUUUCUGCAUGUUGAGUUCAGGGUCUCUGUGCAGAACGGGAUUUCAAAGUUGCACACGGGGGUUUCUCAGACGGUCCUGUCCGCUGCCUCAGACACGUCCCAGGAACGAGGUGGGUUUCUAAGGAGUGAGUGGAAACAGACUUCUGACAUUUCAGGGUUUUUUUGUUUCUCUUUACUUCCACUAAAAGUCUUCAACAGAUUUUUCUGUUUCCUUUUAUUUAUUUCUCACAGGAAACUCAAAGUUUUGUUGUUUUUUGUAAGAAGCAUAAUUAUUUAAUUUUUACAGACACUUGAAAACUGUUAACUUUGUCAUCAUCUGUCUGAUGUUGUUUUUUUAGGUGUGUUGUGACCAACGAUGGGAGGAGCUCGGACCUGCAGGUGUGGGACCUCGGAGGAGAAGACAGCGGUGAGUUUCAGCAGGUUCAACAUGAGCCUGAGACUAAGAAACCUCUCUGGAAUAGACGCUGUUAACUAGAUACGACAGGGUUUAUCAAGCAGUCUAACUCUACGCUUCCUUUUUGUGUUUUUAGUCAGAAUUUUAUGAUUGGUCUUUUUUUAUUGUACAUUUUAAUUCAAACACCAGGGUUUCAAUGUGCUCUGCUGAACGACAGCUGUGAGGUUUCCUUUUUAAGGAGUUUAUUUAACUUGAGGUCUUGGGUCAGCUCUGUCAUAUAAAACUGUUUAUCAGUCUUACUCUACACUUUCCUUUUGUUUAUUUAUUUAUUUUUUUUAGUCAGGUUUUUAUGAUUGGUCUUUUAUUGUCUGUUCUUGUCCAGACGUGAUCAGGAGGACAGGAAACAUCGAGGGAGGGCGAGACGUUGCAGAGAGCGGCAGCAGGAUAGCGGCGCGGCUCUCGUCUCAGCCUGAAGUUCUUCACGGAGCUCAGAGCAGUGACGUCCGGCUGACUGAACUGAGCUCAGGACGGACUCUGUACACACUCGGUAACUCUGAUGGUUAACAUCACAACAGCGUGGCUCUGGAGUAGAAGAGUCCUGCCUGUUCUUUUGGGGCAUGCUCAGACGACUCCUGCACUUCAUUUCUAGUUCAGCUGCAGUAAACGACACCUCAGCCUUUUUGUCCAGACUCAGAUUAAACUGAGUUAUUAAAUCUGAGUGAAUGAGAAUCAGAACAGCAGAGUUAAAAUCAUCUCUAGAUUCAAAGAUGUGAAGUUGACGGUGAUGCAGUUUAUAAAAACGUCUUUCUUUUGUCUGAACAGAGACCGACUCAGCAGACGCUCUGACCUCCUUACAGUUUGUGAGUGACAGCGUCUUCCUCGCCGCCUGCUCUAACGGGAGCGUUUAUGUCGCAGACACUCGUUCUUCUUCAGCUCCUCAGCUCUUACCUCUGCCGGGAUCUUCAGCUCCAUCUCCCCUCUGGUGGACGGACGCCUCUGCAGGUCCGUCAGGCUGCAGGCUCGUCAGACUGUCCUCGUCGGGUCAGGCGGUGAUCUCAGACCUGAAAAAGCCGGGAGAAGCUGUCAGUCAGGCUCAGCUGGGGGUCCAAUCACGUCACUGCGAUCUGAAUGAUGUCACAGUGUCGUGGGCUCCAGCGCUGGACGACUGUAUCGCCGUGUCAGGUUAGUUCAAACAGAAAUCCAGCUGUUCAAUGUGAAGGUGCUACGAAGUGUUUAUUGUUUGUUGAAUGUGAAAAUAACAGUUUAGCAUAAAGAAACGUCUAACCUGGAUCUGCUCAAUGCCCAGAGUUCCCUCCACUCGAAGCACUUGGAGUAUCCUGGAUCAUCUUACACGCCUCCCUCUCAGACCCUCCAAACACAUGUAAACACUGACACGUGUUUCUCCCGCCUCCUUCCCGCAGGUUUUAGCGGGCUGGUUCAGAUCUUCAACACCUCAGUCUGGAGGUCAGAGCUUCAGGAACCUCAGCCGCUGUUUGAACAUCGUGGUCACACAGUUUCAUCUCGGGAUGAAGACGGCGUCCCCGUCUCUGUUACGUCUCAUGUCUGGCAUCCUGAGCGGCCGCGGACGCUGCUGUCCGCCGCCUCAGACGGCUCUGUGCAUGUGUGGGACUGGGUCGACCAAUCAAACAUGAGCUGUUGACAGUCUGAGGUUGAAUCUGGUUCUGAGGAGACAAAGACAAAAGGACUGGUGGACCUUCAGGGUUGUGGACAGUUUCCUGAAAGCAUCAAACAGAAUAAAUGAGCGUCUGAAGUCUGUUUCAGCAGAUCUCAAUAUGAAGUCUGGGUUCAUGCUGCUGCAGACACUUCAGGUGUUAGGGUUAGGGUUGAUGGGACUCAAAGUGAAAGAGUGACCCCAAAAGUUAGAUGUGCAUAGUUCACUGUGCUCAGUUUCCCACACCAGUGUAACCAUUAGUUCCUUAUUGUGUUUUUUUGUACUGUGUACUAAGCAUAAAAAGCAAACGUAUGAAACUCACACCCUUGAUAACAACUGUAAACACGUGGACUCUGUUCUGUUUACCACGCCCUACAGGAACAGACAAUAAAAGACCAAUCAUAAAAACCUGAUAAAAAAAAAAAAAAGGAAGUGUAGAUUAAGACUGCAUGAUAAACGGUUUUAUAUCUGACACUGUUGACAGAGCUGACCCAAAACCUCAAGUUAACAGGAAACUUCACAGCUGUCGUUCAGGACAACGCACUGAAACCCUGGUGUUUGGAUAGAAUUGUGCAGCUCAGUUACUGACCUGUUUUGCCCAUGUGGACGCACCAAGUCUGUGAGACUUUUCUCCACCAAUAAGAAUAUUGAUCUUACCAUGAGCUGAAAUCUAAACCAAUAAAACUGUUUUUUUUCCCUUCAACUUCUCAGUUAAAGUUUGUUCAGUCCACCUUUCAGACGAACAGUUCAGCUCUGCAGGAAAUGUAAGGGCUCAGCUUUCAAUUUAUUUGGUGAUGUCUUAACUGUCUGAAGCCUUUUCAUACAUGUGCUACACUCCUGAUGAGGACAUGAACCCAGAGAAACUGCAGCUGACAACAAAAGUGAAACCAAACGCAUCCAUCGAGACAUGCAGGAGUGAUAAGAAGAACUUUAUCCCGACACAACAUUCAAUGAUCAGGUCAGCAUGUCUUCACCAACAGCUUCGUACAUGUAUCAUCCGUGUGAAGUGGAAAAUUGAUAUUCUGUUGAAUCAUGUGCAACAUGAUCAGCAUUUAAAUAAUUAUAUUAUUGACUCAACAGAAUAUAAAUUUUCCACUUCACACAGAUGAUACAUGUACAGAGGCUGUUGGUGAAGACACGCUGACCUGAUCUAAUUUUCAUGUCUUUUAGUCCCAGUUUAGAUAAAGCUAAUGUCAGUCUUCAGGAGACUGAUCUAAGCAUAGGUGAUUUUGACUGACUUUAUAUAUUAACCAGAACCACAUGACACCCAUCUGUUCCCAAUUAACCUGCUCACCUGUGUUUUUUUGACAGGGUAACAACUUUAUCCUCCAGUGACCAACAAGAUGUAAGCAAAAUAUUAAAGAUUUUUUUUUUUUAUUUCAGCUCAUGGUAAGAUCAAUAUUCUUAGUCUCACAGACUUCUUUGUCACGUGUUGCUGACAUCAAAUUAUAAAGUUUAUUAUUAAAGUUAAUUAUUUUCAAAAUAAAUAAAGUUUAGCAGUUUGAACAUUAAA